GGGCGGGGUCUACGAGGGCCCCGCUGUUCCGGGUACAGAUUUAAGCCCGGCGGGGAAGAAGAUCGCUGCUCUUUUCUCGCCCCCCCCGCCUCCUCCUCCUCCUCCUCCUCCUCCUCCUCCUCCUCCUCCGUGCCAGCGAUUUCGGGGCGCUCGUUCUGCGCGCACCGCCCAUGGAGCGUUUGGCCUGCCGCCUGCCCCCAGUCCUGCUGUUCCUCCUCUUCCUCCAACUCCGGCCGAGCUUGGCUGACACUCCAGCCAACUGCACCUUUGAAGAUCUGGAGGGCACCUGGGUCUUCCAGGUGGGCAGGGGCCAAGGGACCCCGAACCGGCACAUUAACUGCUCGCAAGUGGGUGCUGUGGAGAAAGAAAUCAUUGUUCACCUUCAGAAGCUCGAUAUUGCUCAGGACGAUCAAGGGAACUAUGGCUUCUUCACGAUAAUUUACAACCAAGGCUUUGAGGUUGUGCUGAACAACUACAAGUGGUUUGCUUUUUUUAAGUAUAAAAAAGAUGGCCGCAAUGUGACCAGUUACUGCCACGAGACCUUACCAGGAUGGGUCCAUGAUGUACUGGGGAAGAACUGGGCAUGUUUCACUGGACGCAAGGUCUCCCCUUCCACCUCCAGAGUUCGUGUAAAUCAGCUUCCUCUUUUGAAAACCUCUGGAAGAUUCCUGCAGAAGCCUUACGUGACCAACUUCGACUUUGUAAAAGCAAUCAACGCCGUUCAGAAAUCGUGGAUUGCAACAACCUACAAGGAAUAUGAAGAGCUCACCCUAGAAGAUCUAGCUCGGAGAGCAGGCGGCUUAAAUCCCAGGAUUCCAAGGCCAAACCCUGCCCCUCUGACUGCAGAAGUAAUCAAAGAAGUUUCCAGUCUGCCUAAAUCUUGGGACUGGAGGAACGUGAAUGGAGUUAAUUAUGUCAGCUCAGUUCGAAACCAAGCAUCCUGUGGCAGUUGCUAUGCCUUUGCUUCAAUGGGCAUGCUGGAAGCCAGGAUUCGUAUCCUCACCAACAAUUCACAGACUCCAACGCUGAGCCCACAGCAGGUUGUUUCCUGCAGCGAGUACUCUCAAGGUUGUGAUGGAGGAUUCCCUUACCUCAUUGCUGGAAAAUAUGUUCAGGAUUUUGGUGUGGUUGAGGAGGCCUGCUUCCCUUAUACAGCCACCGAUUCCCCUUGCACUUUCAAGCACAACUGUUACCACUACUACACCUCUGACUACCGCUAUGUCGGGGGGUUCUAUGGCGGAUGCAAUGAAGCUCUGAUGAAACUUGAACUUGUUAAACGUGGGCCAAUGGCUGUUGCUUUUGAGGUAUAUGGUGACUUCCUGCAUUACGGAGGGGGGAUCUACCACCACACAGGGCUGAUGGAUCGUUUCAAUCCUUUUGAACUGACCAACCAUGCUGUCUUACUUGUGGGUUAUGGCACCGAUCCGGGUACUGGCGAGCAGUUCUGGAUAGUGAAGAACAGCUGGGGAACCUCCUGGGGAGAGGAUGGUUAUUUCAGGAUCCGUAGAGGCGCUGACGAAUGUGCAAUAGAGAGCAUAGCCAUGGCUUCCACACCUAUCCCCAAAAUGUAGCUGCAAUAUAACUUCAACAGGGUCAAUCCUAAAAAUGCCACAGAUUAUGGUGGACUUUCCUGCAGUUGCUUUUGAAGCUUUAAAAGAAUGAACUUUAAUGAAGAAAUUUAAUGGGCUACUGCUGGGACGAAGGGCGGGAUAUAAAUAAAAUAAUUAUAAUAAUGAAAGCAUUCAGCCAUUGUAGUGUCUGGCAUGGAGUAGUGAAUGAAGACAGCCUCCCCCAGCCUGGUGCCCUCCAGAUGUUUUGUACUACAGCUCCCAUCAUCACUAUCAUUGGCCGUGCUGUCUGGGGCUGAUGGGAGUUCUAGUCCAAAACAUCCGGAGGGCACCAAGUUAGGGGACAUGGGAUUAAGACCAGGUAGAGUUCAAAUAGCUAGUCGACCAGGAAGUUUGUAAGGUAGAUCUUUCCCAACCACUAUCCCUCAACUUUGGAUAUCAUGCUAAAUCAGACUUAAUUACGGCUUUGUGUGAUUGGCUGGCUAGAAAGAAUUGGGAACCAUGUUUUGGAGGAGGUUUGCAAAGCUAUGGUCUUGCAUGGUAUCCGAGAUGGCAGUGGUGGUGGAGAAAACAGCAGUUAUAACUGCUCUACCUUUGGCAGUCAAUAUAUCAUGAAGGAGAAGUUUUGAACAUAAGGAAAAUGGAAUUCAGACAUGCAGAAUGAUAUGCCAGUCCAUUUGGAAGGUCAAACCAUGGUUUGAACUGAGCUUAACUUUUAGCCCUGGGAUGGGGAGCCUCCAAAUGUUGUAAGAUGGCCAUCAGCCCCAGCCAGUAUGCCCAAUGGUCAGAGAAAGGAGCCUAGCACCUGGAGGGCCACAGGAGUCCCAUCCUUUUUAGCCUAACCUAACAGGGUUGUUUUGGAUAAAAGGGAUAAUCCCAUCGUAGAACAACAGUGAAAUACCAGGGGGGAAAGCAAGUUUGUUGUUUACAAUCUAGCUGCAAAUUGUCCAAGUUACAAUGUAUGAUAACUAUGGAUAUUCAACAUACUAUUUCCCAUCAUUUUCUCCUCUAAAUUGGACAAUCUUUCUGUACUUGCCUUUUGCCUGUAAUAUUUGUUACUGCUAUAAUUUCAUUUUUUUUAAAAUUACUGUGCCUUACAGGGAAAAUGAAGAAAUGUGUAAGUAGAAGAUAAUGUGAUUACUGCAAUAUGAUUGUACUGUGAUUUUCUUCUUCUUUUUUUUAAAAAAAGGGGGGGAUCUCUCCAUCCUUUUUGGUGCAGCAAAGAAGGAAAACCUGAUAUGUGACCUCUCCUGAAUGUCAGUGUUCAUCUGACAUUCAUUUUUAAUGAUGGCCUUUUAUUCUGCAAGUGCCUUGCUUCAUUUUUAUGGUUCUCAAUUUUGUAUGCGAUUCUGAAAUAAAGAAAAGUGCCUCUUUUUUUCUGUGGGAA